UUGAAAAGAAGCUUGAAAAGAAGCUAUAACAAGGGGGAAGCCGAAGGGAUGGGAAUGGAUGGAACGGCACGCGUAGCAGGAUAGCGACGAGAUCUCCAAGACUUCAAGAGGAGAACCCAAAAGAUGAGACGAAAAAGGGGACCUGGGUUUAGUUUUGUAGGUUUCGUUUCUUGGUCAUGUUGCACUCUUGAUGGACAGCUUCUUCGCGGUGAUGAUCCACCGGGAUGGGUGGUGUGGUGGUUGCUCAGGGGGUCUCUCGCCUGUCACCACCCACCCCAUGAUCCAUCUCGCCCUGUUAAGCUACGGGAAUUGGAAAGGGGCGUGUAUGCACAUGGGGAUAGAGGUCAGCGUUUGUUGGUGGUGUUGAACCAUGCGGCGGCCGUAGAUGCUGGUUCGGGGGUGCUUGACCGCACGGAAGUUAAGGUAGAAAUGCAGAGAAUUGUAGCUUCCUUGCGUAUGUUGUAUUAUUCCGCUUCCAUUCAUCUAGUCCCGGUGAUCAGCUCCCGAUGUGAACUCACUUACAGAGUCUCUAGACGAUUCAAUACAUUGAGCAUAUCCAGCCUGCCUGAUUUGGACGACAAUUGGAUGUAUCUGGAGACGAUUGGUGGGAAAUGGGCACAAAGUUUGAGCUCCCAAGGGGGGAUGGCGGACGGGAGGCGUCCUCCGAAACGGGCAGAAUUGGUGGGGAAUCCCUGGUGUUUGGGUGAUAUUGAAGGGGCAGAGGACGGGGCCACUCGGGGCCGGGGUGUGAUGGACAUACGGCGGGCGGCGGAGGAUUUUUGGCUUCUCAGGUUGAUGAUGGUGGCCGGAGAGUUGUUUUGGAGUUACAUGGUGGACAUGGGCUUUGUUUGUGAGAUACGAGUGCGCAGAGUGCGAGGCUUAUAUUCCGUCUUUAUUUGUGUGGAGGCCAUGCAUACCAGGUAAAGUAAUACGGUGGAAUAGCUUAAAGGGGGAUGCUCUUCGGCCUUGCGCAUGUUCCAUUCCCAUACUACGUACGCAUACCCGGUACACACCUUUGGUGGUAAAUGUGCAAAGUGAGAUGCUGUAUUAAGGUUGGAUAGGGAUGCUACUCUGCAUCAUUCGGCCGAUGACUUUCCCACCUGUCAGACGUCAUUCUCGAUAGUGCUGUACAUAAGUUGUCCAAGUCUGCGAUGCGGCAAUCGUG